AUGCAUUCUUUCACGGUGUAUGCGCUUGGCGUGGCAGUUGCUGGCCUUGUCGUAUACGCUGUAUUGGACGCUGUCGCCAAGUACGACAAGCGAUACAAUGUUCAGAACAUGCCUGGACCACGGCUGGUCCCGUGGAUUGGUCGUAUUCACGACCUUCCCAUCGAGUUUAUGUGGCUGAAGUUCAAGGAGUGGUCGGACAUGUAUGGCCCCAUCUACCGGACCAAGAUGUUAGGCGACAACUUUGUCAUAAUCUCAGACGAAAAGCUUGCCGAGGAAAUGCUGGUGAAGAAAGCCAAGGUGUAUUCAGACCGACCUGAGAUCAAGUCGUUGUUCGAUGCGAAGAGCACAUAUGGUUCCAUGGAGUAUCUGCCCCUUAUGGGCAAGAAUCAGUACUGGGCUCGUCAGCGAAAGUUUACACACUCUUACCUGACCGGCGCAACCAAUGUGCAGUACAAUGGUAUCAUGGAGUUCGAGGCCAAGCGAUGGAUGGCCAGGCUUUUGGAGAACCCCGAUGACUUCUCUGCCUCCCUCGAGGACAUGUGCUCCAAGGUCAUGUGCCAACUGACAUGGGAUGAUGCCUCACUUAGUACCCCUCUUACCCCUAGCGCGUGGGGUCUGCUUACACAAAUGUCCCCUGCCGGUCCAAUCACCAACGUUCUUACUCCUCUUUGGGACUACUUGCCCGAGCCCAUCAACCCGUGGAAGAUUCGUGAGCGUAAGCGCCAUGACGACCAACAAGCCUUUUUCAUGGAAUGCCUACAGAACACUAGGAGGAAGAUGGAGAAGGGCCAACAACGAGCCUGCUUCACCAAAAACUACCUUGAGACUGCCGAAAAGUCAAACAUCUCUGGCGAUUAUGAGGCCUCGUGUGUCAUUGGAAUGAUGGCGCUCGUUGGCAUCUUUACUGUUACCGGACCUAUUUACUACUUCUUGAUCAGCAUGGUUCACCACCCAGAGUGGCAGGUCAAGUGCCAGAAUGAGAUUGAUCGUGUUUGCGGUGACAAGCCUCCUUCUGUUGCUGACUUGCCAAACCUUCCCAUCUUGCGCGCGUGUAUCAAGGAGACAAUGAGGUGGAAGCCCACUGUUCCAACUGGCGUUGCGCAUGAGGCCGAAGCAGACGAUUGGUUCCAUGGUUACUUUAUCCCCAAGGGUACGCGCAUCCUCCCUCUUGACUAUGCCUUUCUCCGCAACCCUGUCAAGUACCCUGAGCCUGAAGAGUUCCGUCCCGAGCGGUGGUUGGAGCCCGAGUGGCCUACGUUCCAAGCGCCAUUGACCAAGUACCCUGACAUUGUGGGCAUGACGUCCUUUGGGUGGGGUCAGCGUCAAUGUCUAGGUAUGUCCAUUACUCGGGACGAGACGGUGACAGGUUGCGGAGCGCUCAUGUGGGCCUUCAACCUGAAACGCAAGAUCGACCCUGUCUCGGGCCAAGAGAUCGAGGUACCCCUCAACAAGUCCAACUCGCUUCUCAUCAUCAAGCCAGACCCAUGGGAGAUGGCCUUUGAGCCGAGAAGCGCAGAACGUAAGCAAGAGGUGAUUCAAUUGUGGGCAGAGGCUGAGGCCAAGGAUAAGGCGGAACGCGCCGAGUUUGCGCGACAGGCUGAGAUGGAGCAGGUUUUGGGGCAACCUUAG